AUGAGAAGUUACAGGGGCGUUAGGAUCUUCCAAAGCACUGAUAUAGGAGAAGGAACUGUGAAGGCUGCAAUAGCAGUCUUAGACCAGGACUUAGACGUCAUUCAGUGUCCAAAACUCACCACGAAUAACAUCGUCGUGGUGAGGAUCCGAACCAGUGCGUGGGAAGUCACGCUUGUCUCCAUCUACCUGGAAUGUCCACAACAAAACCACCCAAUUGGACCAGACCUGAACCACCUCGCCCUGAUAGCUCGAGAAACCGGCUCCAGGACAUGGAUCGUGGGAGGCGACGUAAACGCCAAAAGCAUGUGGUGGGGAAGCCCGGUAAAUGAUUACAGAGGUGAAGAGCUGUCCGGAACUCUAGACGAGCUAAAUAUGUCUAUACUAAAUAGAGGAAACAUACCGACCUUCGACACUGUCCGAGGGGGAAAAGAAGACCUCACAUCCAGCGACAAUGCGUUCCACCAAAACAUCAGGCAGAGAGCUGAAAUGGUGAAUGCACAGGAGCAUGUGGGACCAAGCGACCCACAGUUCACCAUGGAGGAACUAAAAACUGCCAGUGAGUCUUUCAACCCUAAAAAAGCUCCUGGAGACGAUGGCUUCACCGCUGACAUAUGUCUUCAGGCUAUAAGAUGCGUCCCGGAACUAUUCUUACAGCUUCUGAACAAAUGCCUGGAACUCAACCACUUCCCGGAAAUAUGGAAGAGAGCCACGGUAAUUGUACUGAGAAAGCCUGGCAAAAGUGACUAUACUGUUCCGAAAGCGUAUAGGCCAAUAGGCCUCCUGCCAGUGCUCGGGAAAACCCUUGAAAAAAUGUUGGUGGCCCGCCUCAGGUUCCAUCUGCUACCGAACAUGAGUACCCGCCAGUAUGGAUUCAUGCCGCAAAGAAGCACCGAAGACUCCCUCUAUAACCUAAUGCAAUACAUCCGCAGUAAAAUCAAUCAUAAGGAAAUUGUCACAGUGGUAUCCUUGGAUAUAGAGGGAGCCUUCGAUAGCGCAUGGUGGCCAGCGAUAAGAGUCCGACUGGCGGAAGAAAACUGUCCGCUGAACCUGAGACGUACUUUUGAUAGCUAUCUCUGCAAUCGGAAGGUGAUUGUCAAGUACGCAGGAGAGGAGUACGCCAAAAGCACAAACAAAGGAUGUGUCCAAGGGUCAAUCGGAGGCCCAAUCCUUUGGAACCUCCUAUUGGACCCCCUCCUAAAAAGCCUAGAAGCGAAGGGAGACUUUUGCCAGGCUUUUGCAGACGACGUGGUCAUGGCAUUCCACGGUAAAACGGCCCUGGAAAUCGAAAGGCGUGCAAACUCUGCUCUUGAAUACGUUCGGGCGUGGGGUGUCGAUAACAAAUUAAAGUUCGCUCCGCAAAAAACAAACGCGAUGACGAUCACUAAAAAAUUAAAAUACGACACUCCUCGCCUGACCAUGGGAGGGAUCGGGAUAGACAUGUCUGACGAAAUAAAACUGUUAGGGGUUACUAUAGACCGGAAGCUCACCUUUAAUACCCACAUUUCAAACGUCUGUAAAAAGGCUACUGGCGCGUAUAAACAGUUGGCAAAGGCGGCAAAAGUGAGUUGGGGACUUCACCCAGAAGUCAUAAAAACAAUAUACGUGGCUACCAUGGAACCCAUUGUACUGUACGCCGCCAGUGUCUGGGCACCAGCUGCCAAUAAAGAAAUGGCAAAAAGGCAGUUCGAGGCACUACAACGCGGGAUAGCCCAAAAACAGUGCAAAGCCUACCGCACUGUCUCCAUGAACGCAGCGCUUGCGCUGGCCGGGAUGAUCCCUCUUGACCUCCGAAUCCGCGAGGCGGCCUUGUUAUACGAGGCCAAAAAGGGAAUAUCCCGACCGGAGCUGGCGGACAGAGAAGUGGAGCGCAUGGCCCCAGCAAUGAAAGCACCUCACCCAGCCGAUUAUAUGACGCUGGGAUUUCUCAGCCUGGAGAACAGAGAAAUGCUGGAUCAAAACUGUAAUUUUGAUGUUCGCAUUUUUACAGACGGGAGCAAGAUCGAGGGCAGGGUGGGGGCCGCACUAUCCAUAUGGAGUGGCGAUGUUGAAACAAAAGCCCUCAAGCUUGCUCUCCCCAAGUACUGCACCGUAUUCCAGGCUGAGCUCCUAGCACUAUGCGAGGCGACUCGAGCUGUAGCGGGGCAUAGCGCGACGUCCUUUGGUAUAUACAGUGACUCCAGAGCUGCUCUGCAAACAGUCAUAAACCAUCGUUGUUUCCACCCGCUAGCUGUAAAAACGAGAGAUCACAUCAAAUCAGUAUCUCUCCAGAAUAAAGUAUUAACCUUAUUCUGGAUCAAAGCACAUGCGGGAUUGGAAGGCAACGAAAGAGCCGACGAACUAGCCAAAGAGGCAGCCUUGAGAUUCAAAGGACGUCCACACUACGAUCUUUGCCCGGUCUCCUACGUAAAGCGAGAGAUUCGAGCUGAGACGCUUGAGGAGUGGGAUCGCAGAUAUAAAACGGGCAGCACUGCCUCGACAACCAAACUGUUUUUCCCGAACAUAGAAGCGGCGUAUCGGAUAGUGCGAAAAAUUAAACUGGAUGGAAUAACCACACAAUUACUCACGGGGCACGGCGGAUUCUCCGAGUACCUGAACCGCUUCAAGUGCAAGGACGAUCCGUCGUGUUCAUGCGAACCCGGGAAACCGGAAAGUUUAAUACACAUCCUAACAGAAUGUCCCCAAUUUGGAAAAACUAGACACAACAUUGAAGCCGAGAUAGACGAAAUUAUCAGCAUAGAAAACUUCAGUAAUAUAGCGCGGGGACUGGCCUAG